GCUCCGGAAUAAGUCUCAUCCAUAUAUGUACGCAGAGGCGUGGUUUCAUUCACCGGAUAAAAAAGCCAUGUAUGGGGUUGAAGAGAAACCGGAAUUCCUGAUUCAGAGUGAUACAUGCACCCGAACCUGUCGAUUUCUUUUCAUUUAGUAAACUACAUAUGUGUCACUUUUAUUCUGGGACUGAGUGGUGCUUUUUUGCGCACCAGAAAAUGUUCACGUUAAAACUAUUUUGUUUGCAUGCAAACUUUUCUUCUUUUCAACCCGGAAUAAGUGCGGGCUGUAGCAAUUUUCCUACCGCUGGCCCAUCGGUGUAAGCAAAAGAGCGAAGUCUCCAUUGACAACUAUCGCUUGGUUCGUCACAAGGCCGCACAGCCAAUCAGAUCUCGCGACUCCACUGUUCCUUAUAUGGUCAGUGACGUAACGGUACAUCAAUGGCUCUCCAUAAAUACACACAUAGUACCAAUAAGAGGCGCCGUGAGGGUCUGUCAUUCAACAAAACACACACAGCCUGAUGAGAGGCUCGCUUUCCUGGUCACAUUUGAGUGAGCGCUAAACACUCCCUAGGUUAAGUGACAGCCCUGCUGAUGUGAGUUUAGUGUCAGAGGUGAAAAAGCAGAGGGUCAUCCGCACGCAAACACAAACACUUCUCUCGCGACUGAACGAUGACCGCUAAAACUUUGGAGAAAAGCCCUGUCACUCUCGGCGGCUUCGUGCACCCGCUGUCCGAGAGCAUCUACUCACUGGACGACACCACACCGCUGCCAGCCUCGGUCGCAAUUUUUCCAAACAGUGAUCUAGGUGGACAUUACGACCCAAUAAAUGGACUUUCAGCAGAUGGCUUGGUUAGCGGGGAUAUGAGCGCAGAGAAGCGCGCCGUCGACCUGCCCUACUCCAGCAGCUUCGCGCAGCCGGCUGGUCCUCGCAGUCAGACGUUUACCUACAUGGGCAAGUUCUCCAUCGACUCCCAGUAUCCGGGCAACUGGAACCCAGAGGGCGUGAUCAACAUCGUGAGCGCGGGCAUCCUGGGCAUGACCCAGGCCUCAUCGGCGUCCUCUUCGCCGUCCUCCUCCUCCUCGGUGUCUCCCGCUCACUUCUCCAGCACGCUCAGCUGCACGGUGGCUCAGGGCCAGACGGACAUGGAGCAGCAGCACAUCUACUCCCCUCCUCCGCCCUAUUCGGGCUGCGCGGAGGUCUACCAGGACCCGUCCGCAUUCCUCUCCACCUCCACGUGCCCCAUCUCCUCGUACCCGCCGCCGGCCUACUCCUCUCCUAAACCGAGCGCUGAUGCCGGCCUCUUCCCCAUCCUCCCGGACUACACCGGCUUUUUCCAGCCCCCGUGCCAGCGGGACGUGCAGUCCAUCCCCGAGCGCAAACCUUUUGCGUGCCCUCUAGAGCCUUUCCGGGUGCCGCCGCCUCUUACGCCACUGAACACAAUUAGGAACUUCACUUUGGCUGCACCGGUGGCCGAGGGAGCACGCUUACCCGCCGCUUACAGCCCGCAGAACCUGCCACUGAGGCCCAUCCUGCGCCCGCGGAAAUACCCGAACAGGCCCAGCAAAACGCCCGUGCACGAGCGCCCGUAUCCAUGCCCGGCUGAGGGCUGCGACCGGCGCUUCUCGCGCUCUGACGAGCUCACCCGGCACAUCCGCAUCCACACGGGCCACAAGCCCUUCCAGUGUCGCAUCUGCAUGCGGAACUUCAGCCGCAGCGACCACCUGACCACACACAUCCGCACGCACACCGGCGAGAAGCCUUUCGCCUGCGACUACUGCGGCCGCAAAUUCGCGCGCAGCGACGAAAGAAAGAGGCACACCAAGAUCCACCUGAGGCAGAAGGACAGGAAAGCCACGGUGUCCUCAUCCUCCUCUUCCUCCUCGGUUCCCGCCGGUGGCUCAAACUCCACGUCCGGAAUCAGCCAAUGAGGAACCGCGGCGCGCAACCACGACUAGGAAACGGUCGCGAUGGUAACCGAGCACGCGCAGCCAAAUCCUCAGCACCGAACUGAGUUAAGUCAUCAUACAGUGUUUACUUUGCAGGUGCACAUGGACAGGUGUAAACAAAUCAGGUGUUCAAUUCAAAGCAAAAAACGGGAAAUGACCUGAAAUCACUUUGGAUGAGGGACACUAACAGUGCGCGUCCUCGAAUGGCACGCUGUUUUUCUGACUUUCUCAGUCACAUGUUGACUGAUCAAACGCACUUUGUUUGUAUAUUUAGGUUAAAUAAUUUAAUGGAAUAACCUUAAACAGCAUGUGGGAGUGUACGUAUUCUACUGACAGUGUGAGAUGUCCGUGUUGGCCACAUGAGAGAGUGGGCUUUAAUGCUAAAGCCGCUUUCUGCAAUAAGUCGGAACAGUUAAUCUAAUGUGUGAGAUGAAUCUAACUCUCUCUUUCCUCCUGUUUAUUGUGCCUUCGUCCGUUCUUUUAUUGUACAUAACUGCAUAUGUGCGGAGGCAUUUAAACAGUGUACAGUGGAUCCUUUAAUAAGUUUUUUUUUUUUUUGAAAAAAAAAAAAUCUCUAUUUUUGUACAACUUGUUUGGUGUUGCAUUGUUCCAUGGUGGCUAAAAAAAGUAAAUGUAAAUAAUAGAUCUCAUUGUUUUGUGAAUGUCAUAUAUAAUUGGAAUGAAAUAACUAACGCAGGUUAGUAACUUUCUGUCAUCAUUAAAAAAAAACAUAAUCAAUAAAACCCAAAGUCUGAAAUGUUUGUUGCAAGCUAAAAUUCAUUUUCAUAUUCACAUUACAUAUUAUAUAGCAGUAGGAAAGUCUGAUGUACACCUGAAUAGGAAAUUCCCAAUUUCACACCAGUCAGAUCUGACUCACUGUCUCACAAGGACACACACCCACAUACCCACCCACCCACACACACAUAUACAAACAUUACACACAUUACAUUAUCCUUGUAAUGCAGCAAACUAAUGCCAUGCCUACACUUAACCUUAAGCUUAACCUCAGAAACCAAAAGGAUGCCUUUUUGCUCUUUUAGUUUAUUUACACAGUGUCCCAAAAGUCUCCAUAUAUAGGGAUCUAUGCUUGCCAGCACCACAUAGGUUGUGCCUUCAUCAGUGGAUGUUCGGAUAUCCACUUCUCAGUUGGUCCGCAACACUUCCAGUCUUUCUGAAUUUGUUAAUAUGUUUGGCAAGAGUGUCGUGUGUUAUGUGCUUACCAUUUUUCCUGUUAAAGUCCAUCGCAACCUUGUGACAGCUUCCCGAUCCAGCCAUGAAAAUGAUUUCAAUAAGUUCUUCAUUUGUCAAAGGCAUUCUUAAAGGUUAUAUAUAUAUAUAGAUAGAUAGAUAGAUAGAUAGAUGGAUAGAUAAACUAUGUAUGAAAAGCUUUGGAAGACAUUUUGCUAAUAAGUGUUAAUUUCUACUAUGUAUGGAGACUUUUGGGACAUCCCGUAUUUAUUUAUUUUUAAAAAAAAAUGCAGUUCUUUAGUACAAAAGCUGCAUUUACUUUGUGGGGAUGAGCCAAAUGUCCUCACAAGGUCAAAAGUGACAGCUAUUCCUAUCCUUGUGGGACAUUUGGUACUCAUCAGGAUAUAAAACAUACCAAGACACACACACACUGUCAGCUUUUCAGUAGGCUCCUGACAUUGUGUACAGCGUGUGUUAAUAAUAUUAAUAUAUGCUGAUAUUUCCUGAAUUAUUCGGUAAACAAUGUUGUGUGUUAAUGGGUGGAGGGAUGGACAAGGUGUCAGAGCUCAUUCCUUCUUUCACUGGAUUUGUUUCCAAGAUUUGCUUAAGAUUUACUUUAAAAUGAUAACCGUACUAUCUUUACAUCUAUCUUUCUAUCUUUCUUUGAGUUCAGUCACUUCCGAGGAUUUCAGAUUAACACAGUGCAAAAGCACCCGUGAGAUUUCCAGGGAGCUUCAUAUGCAUGUUGUUCUCCGGUAAUCUGAAGAGAAGUGUAUUUUUUUUAAUGACUUUAAUUAGGCUGUUUAUAUUUUUAAUCUUUGUAAACAUCCCAGUCAGGCCACUAUCUGUCCCAUCUAUUUUGUCUGUCUAUGACAUUUGGUGGUCUUAUAUGAUCCACAAAAUGAAAGAAAAAGAGAAGUAAAUGUUCUCUAUGUAAAUAAACAUGACUUUAUAAAGAACUGUCUGUGGAUUUCAUUAGCU